GCGUCUCUCCUGAUUGGUCGAGUGCCUCCUGGUAACUGGACAUCACAACAUAGCGGACGCACGAGGAAAAGCACUUAGCUAACUGCUAGUAUUUUAUUUAUUUUUUUAUCACCUCGACGCUUCCCAUUAACGUCAACAUGCGCUGAAUGCAACCCCCGGGAAAGUGGAGGUCUCCCCUCGUGGUGUAACCAAGGUUAGACGGGACGGUUUGCUUUUUCCGACGGCGCCGAAACGCACCACGAGGUUAUGUGGACACAGCAUCUUCUCGACUGUCCGCCGCUGCACUAUGGAUUAUAAAAACGAGGAGACUGAAGCAUGCCAAGGAAGGAAGCUCACUGCCGCUGCGGACGAGAGCGCCGAUGAAUAUUUAAUCGAGCUACAGCACAAAAACAGGAUCCUGAACCGCCUCAAAGCCAAAUGCUCCAGAGAGAUUGAACUGGAAAGACUAGAGCAAGGCUUUUCUAUUUACUUCAACGGAGCCAAUGCCGAGUCCUGCAAGAAGCAGCACAAAAACCCCAACCACAAGCCCGGCGCCUCCACGCCUGUUUGGAGGACUCCAUGUACAGCAGCAGAUGUCUGUCGAAGCGCCCACCAGCUAAGUGAAGAUUUGGAGCCCGGUCACAAGAAGAGAAGCCACACCGCCCCCGGAAAAGUCCAGAGGAAAGAAUGGACACAGGAGAAGACAAUCAUAAUACGGACAGAGAACGGACCGAGCUUGAAGAUAUGCUCAGCAAAAUGCUACCCUGAUGAUUUUGAGACUUAUGAAAGUGUAGAUAUGGAGAGCUCCAGCCCACGCUCACCUCGCGCUCUCUGCUCCCCGAGGGACAGCUGUGCGCUUUCACACUCCUUCACCUCCGGGACACACAACCAAGCAGGACAAGCCAGCCAGGAGCACGGCGAAAAAGUGCUUCUCAAUCUCGAGGAAGUAAAGGUUUUGAGGCGCAGCCUGGAGAACAGCAUGCGGCGGAGCAGCCGCGGCUCAGCGGGCGAGGAGUCCGACGAGGAGUGGGUGGAGGAGCAAAUCGAGCGCGACGAAAGCACCGAGAGUCUCGAUGAACUGGGACUUGCCGUGUCGUCCUCCAAGUCUUCCUCCAAUCCUCGGCCCGGCAGCACACAUCGCCACUUUGACCCGGCAAACCUCAUUGUCCUCGACUUUGGACCGGCACCUACAGGUCGUAAACUUGAGCGUUCAUUGUCUGCAAAGCGGAAGGAAAACAGUGACGCCUUCAUACCCAUCAAGCCGAUGCUGGUCAAGAGCAAAACGUUAGACAUGCCGCCUUCGAAAGACAGCUGGGGGAGUCCGAGGGCAGGAAGUCAAGCUGAGAGGCCCCUCUCAACAGCCAGGAGGGCUUUCACCGACGAGCAAGACCCGGACGAGGUCGCCAGUGGGGUGUGCGAGGCCAUCCAGAGAGAAAACACGAGUCCCGAUCUUUUCUCUCGCAACAUGGGCAGAGGGCAGCAAAUGAUGAACGGCUUAGUGCAUCGUAACAGCAGCAACAAAGAAGAGAGCAGUGUCAAUGUGGCCAUGCAGAGAAUCACACUCAUGGGCUCCAGGGAGCAGCACAGACUGCUCAAGGCCUUGGAGGAGCUGGAAAGUGCACCCACCUUCAGCAUACCUCAGGGUGUCAAAACAGACUGCAGCAAACCGCCGCAGCCGAGACGCUCGUCCGACGUCCUCCCUGCCGUGUACGUCACGAUGGAGCUCCUGUCCAACUGGGGCCACGAGUUGCAGGUGGGCCUGACCGAGCUGCAGUUUUUCGGGCCCGGCAACAAGAGGCUGUACGUGUCGCCGCACGACCUCGACAUCAGGAACGCCGACUAUCCCGGGAAUCUGGCGUCGCUCGUCAAUGGCAAGGCGAAGACGACCAAGGAGCGCCACAUGUGGACGUGCCCCUUCCACCCUCCCAUCCAGCUCUACUUCAUCAUCCGCAACACGGAGCGCUCUUCAGACUUUGGCAUAUCGCGCAUCAAAAUCUGGAACUACAACAGAAGCCUUAACGAAGUUGACAUCGGUGCACGUCAUAUAAAGCUGUACCUCAACAGCACGCUGGUGUUCGAGGGCGAGCUGGAGAGGGGCUGCGGGAACCAGGUCUUCGACUACAGUAACACCAUCGAGCUCCAGGACUUCCAAGCGUCAGAGUCCUUGUUUUCCAGCCCUUCAUCGUCGGGAUACAAUCUCCGGGGCGCCAGCCCCCAACGACAUGAUGACAGCGGCGCGCGCCAGCACCUCACUUCUGCUCUGCCGCCGUCAGAAGCGUCAAGUCAGGAUAUGAUGAACACUCAGGAGAGCUCGCACGCCCCCCUUCCGCCCAUCUCCGCCCGGCGCUCCUCCGCGCAAAGGAACUCCUUUGACGAGCCGGCACAGACGGUCACCAUGCAGCCGUCGUCUUUGCGGAUGACCCCCCAGUGGCUGCAGCCCCUGAAGAGAGCCGCUCCGGAGGGGUGCGAGGCCGGCAGGGAGCGGCCGCGCUGGCUGGUGCCUCAGCAGCAGCUCGCCGAGCCCAAAUCGCCAUCCUCGGCCUCCGCCUCAUCGACAGCGGCGUCGUUGCUUCCGGAGCUGCCGUGUAACCCCGGUCGGGUGUGCAGGGGAGGCGAGAGAGCGGCCAACGGGGCGCCGUGGAAAGCCGAAUCUCUGGACCUCAACUGCGACCUGCUCGACGAGCUCGGCGAGCAAAAGCACGAGCGGCCCUUCAGCGGCCGAAGGAGUUCUUUAAGAAAUCGGCAGACAGAGGAGCAACACAUGAAAUCAAAUGCAGAGCCGACACUAUCGGCCAACGCCGGCAGGAGGCAGCGCACGCCAAGGCCCCUCGGGCACAGCCACCGGGAUGACACCCUCAUGGAGUCGUGGGACUCCCUCACCAAGUUCAACCAGUGCCAACGCGGCCGCAUCUCCAACAUGGGCUUCGAAGGGGACAUAUUUGACGACUUCCAGCUGCAGCGCAGCCGAGGCUCCCCCGUCAACCCCUCGGCCGCUCCCGCCAGCCCGCCUUCCUCCUCGACCGCACGGCGGUUCCCGUGCGACAGCCACGAUGCGGAUUCCUUCUUGGAGCAGGAGGAAGAAUUUGAGAUCCCGGUGCUGCCCAAGGGCCAAAGGUUGCUCAUCAACAUUCUGUCCACCUGGGGGGACCGCCACUACGUCGGCCUGAACGGCUUGGAAGUGUUCAGCUCCAGCGGCGAGCCCGUCCGACCCGCUCACAUCAGCGCCGACCCCCCCGAUAUCAACAUACUCCCCGCGUACGGCAAGGACCCCCGCGUGGUCUCCAACCUGACGGACGGCGUCCAUCGCACACAGGACGACAUGCACCUGUGGCUCGCCCCGUUCACGCCCGGCCGGAGCCACACCAUCUUCCUGGACUUCGGACACACCUACCAGGUGGCCAUGAUCCGUGUGUGGAAUUACAACAAGUCGCGCAUUCACUCUUUCCGAGGUGUCAAGGAGGUGGAGAUGAUGCUCGACGGGAGGUGCAUCUUCAGGGGCGAGAUUGCCAAAGCUUCCGGGACUCUUUCGGGAGGAUUGGAUCAAUUCGGGGACACCAUUCUGUUCACUACCGACGACGACAUCCUGGAGGCCAUGUCCCGUUUUGACGAAACCUUCCUCGGCGAAAGCGAAGGAUCGGAGAAUCCGGUGCGCGAGGAGGAGCUGCACAGGCCGCGCACUGCCGACGGAGAGGGAGAGGAAAGACCUUUCACCCAGGCCGGCUUCCGAGAGGAGGACCUUGCCAUCAAACUUCAGCUCAACGCCACCGUGAACGAAUUGGAAAACAUGGAGCAAAUUCCUGGGAUGUACACUGGAAAGUGCCUUUGUCUGGAGCUGGUAUCCACGUGGGGGGACUCGCACUACAUGGGCCUGACGGGCUUGGAGGUGGUCGGGAAAGACGGGGAGGGCUUACCUUUGGACCUCGGCAUCAUGACCGCCUCACCCAGGGACCUCAAUGACCUGACCGAAUACGGGCAUGACUCGCGCACCCUCGAUAAGCUUAUAGACGGCCAGAACAUCACCACCGAUGACCAACACAUGUGGCUGAUCCCUUUUUCGUAUGGAGAGCCUCACACCGUGACCAUCACCUUCCCUCAGGCGCAGACCAUCGCUGGACUCCGCAUCUGGAACUACAACAAAUCGGCUGAGGACUCGUACAGAGGGGUGAAGUUGGUCCACGUGAUCAUGGACGACCUGGCCAUCUCCCCAGUUGAGGGCUUCCUUAUUAGGAAAGGCCCAGGCAAUUGUCACUUUGACUUUGCCCAGGAGAUCCUCUUUGUGGACUACCUCCAGGCACCCGCCGACAGCAAGAUUUCCGAAGAGCACCCCAGCAAGCGAGGCGCGAAGAAAGCAGAACAAGCCAGCAUGGACUACGAAGCUCCCAUCAUGCCAUGCGGAUUCAUUUUUCAGCUGCAGCUGCUAACCACCUGGGGAGACCCUUACUACAUCGGCCUGAACGGCCUGGAGUUCUACAACCAGAAUCAUGAGAAGAUCAGCCUCAGUGACAAUAACAUUGCCGCUUUCCCAGACAGUGUUAACGUACUCGACAACGUGAGCGGUGACGUGAGGACUCCGGAUAAAUUAAUAGAUGGCAUCAACAGCACGCAGGAUGGGAGACACAUGUGGCUGGCUCCAGUGCUCCCUGGACUGGUGAACCGCGUGUACGUCAUUUUUGAUCAGCCGGUGACCGUAUCCAUGAUCAAACUGUGGAACUACUCCAAGACCCCUCAGAGAGGAGUUAAGGAAUUUGGGCUGCUGGUGGACGACCUCCUGGUGUACAACGGCGUCUUGGACAGCGUGAGCCACAUCAGCCGCGGCAUCGUGCCCACGUGCGACGUGGUGGUGCCUUACCACACCAUCCUCUUCACCGACAACGCGUACGUCGCGCACCGCGAAAGGAACACCGUCAUCAGCCCCCAUGGCAGCAGGCACCACAAACAUAAUUACGUGGAGGACCAGGAUGUGAAGAUGACUAAUGAGAAUCAGAUUGUCCAUCACAACAAGAAAAAGCAGGCAGCAGACCCAGCUCUUCGGCCUAAAACCUGCAUGACUGACAUUGGGAAACACGGACAGAGGAGGUACUGAUUUAUGACCCACUUAAGGCUUGGAGUGGGUGAAAGCGGCUGUCUCCUUUUUUUCCACUCCAUGUGACCUGCAUGAGCCGCAUUGAAGAGGACACGUUUUGCACUGAUCACAACGGGUUUGCUGCGCACACACACGUACACACGUUUAGUGCAUUCCACUUUCUGGUUGGAUUACUUCUUUACAAACUGGUCAGCAGCUCCCUCAGUGCCAGGCUAAAUAAACCCGUCAGACUGCUUUUCGCCAGCCUUAUAAUUAAUGUGCCUGUACUCUGCCUGUGCAGUGUAAAUACGUCAGUAUAAUAAAUAGCCAGUCCAAUUCAUUAUUCCCAAUUUUAAUCCACUGGUAUGCCUAGUUUUUUGCCUAACCAAACGUAAUGCUAUGCACACACUUGUUGGUAGCUAGUAGUUGUUUAUACACGUGGGCUCUUUGUAUUGAGUAUGAAACGCACAUGCUU